GGGAGGGGGUGAGACGCUUCAACAGUUUGACAGACAAAUAAGGGCAACACGGAAAAGAGUAAUAUAGAGAGGGUUGAUGGAAAUGAAGAGAGGGAGGAAGAGAAAGGAGAACAAGAGAUGAUACAGGAAGACACAGCCAUUUGAAUAACAUUGUAAGAGAUUCAAAGUAAGAAAGAAGGAGAAAAAGUGAAAAGGAAGAAAUUCAAAUGGAGAGGCAGAAAGAAAAAGAGUGGAAACCAGAAGUGAAACCAGUAGAAGCUGAAAAGGGGCAGUGUUAGUGGCUUAUAACAAGAACAGAGGGAAAAAGACAGAAAGGAGUGCAACAGUGAAGUUGAGUGAGUAUAAAAAGGAAGAUAAUUAUAGGACAAGGAAUUAACACCUGUUAUCAGAACAUAAAAACAGAUGAUACAACACAGGUUGCUACAUUAAAGGGCAAAGAUGAAGAGAGAAGGAGGCGUACACAUACAAAGACACAAUAUGCUGCUGGCAGUGAUACUGAAUAUAUUGAUAUAUUAUGGCACCAAAGGGUGCUUGUUCUCCCCCUCUUUGUCUCUUUCCUUGAUUCCUGUGAAGACAAAGAAGGCCCUUGUAUGCAAUAUCUGCACAAACCAGGAUACCCACACUCAGCGUACACUCACUUUCAAGCUUUCAUUAGUUAAGGGUAAGGUACAGAGCAUUAAGAAAGAUAAAAGAGGUCUUCUCUAUAUUCUGGACCCAAACAAAAAGGAAAACCAUGGCUUGUGGAGAUGUGAGGUGGAGGAAUAUGCAAAUAUCAGUGUGGAGUAUUAUUUGGGUCCAACCACCACUUUUUCACCAAUUGAGAUGAAGAGUACAACCACAGAACAAACAUUUGUUGAACCUAAUGCAGAAAAUACAAGAAUUCUUCUAACAAGUAUCAUUGCAGUUGUUGCAGCCUUCACCAUUAUUGCGGUUCUACUCAUUCCAUCACGCAAUCAUUUCAUUGGACGAUGCAGAAGAACUUCAAUUCAUCAUAAACGACUUGAAGCCACAAUUAACCAUGUUACAUUUUCCAACCCAGAGGUGCAAAACAUGGUAUUAGUGCAAAAUGAAUCCACUGUACUUGUAAGUUUAAAAUGCAUUCACAGUUUGUGAACUGUGAAAUCUAUUUUGGUGAUAGCCCUGGGGAAAAUGGCAAAGGGUUCUACUACAUAAAUACUAUUCAUCAGCUGAUAUAAGGUUGUAUAUUAGUAUUUCAAGGCUUUGUAUACAUUCAGGCCUGGAUUUUUGGAAAGGCCACCUAAGCCCAGGCCUAGGGCAGCAGGAUUUGAGGGGGGCAGCGUACUGC